GUUACAUUCCCAAGGAGGAGCUGUGCGAUGCUUGGUUCUUACGUCUGUGAUAUGUUUGUGUAUUUUAUAUGUGUUAUAAGCUGUGUUUAUUGCUGUAAGUUGCGUUUCUGAUUUCAUUAACAUUAACUGUUAAUAUUAAUUUACUGUGAGAAAAUUGUUAUGAAAAGAUAUGGAGAAAUUUGAAAGUUAUGUUAUCCAUCGAUCAAAAUGGCUCGUAAAAGUGGAUGUGCAGACAAAGUGAGGCAGUGGAAGGCAAACCCCAGUUGAUUGCGCGUUUCAUUUUAUGAAGCUUUAUAAUUAUGGGAUAUGCAUUUUGUUGUGUUCUGUUUUGAAAGCGCGCAGUCAGUUUAUUAGGUAAAAAUGGUGAAAUUCUGCAGAUGAUAAGUUAUUCCAUAAACAAUAAUGGUCAUUUAGAAUGUUCCAUGGAACUCUACAUGUUGAUAUUCCGAAAACAUGUAGUACUUUUCUUAACACUUGUGACGCAACUUUAUAAAUGUGAACUCUUCAGUGAUCGAUCAGUGUUGAUAUGCUGAAAUAUGAAAUGUUUUAUCAGCGAAUUACCAAAGACUGUUCUCUCGCGUGAAUGCUUCUUGGUAUUAGCGUGUGUAGUGAAAUUAUGAAGUGAAGGAUUCAACAUAGGAUCUUAUCAACGGCUGACACGUUCCAGCGAGGUCGGACUUCGAACCUGGGACCCACCAACAGGAGCGACACACAGACCAUACGCCGCUGAAGAUGGCGCCGGUGUGAUUCAGCUCGGGGAGGACAAGAAGUAUGGAGAGUUAUCUUGGAGGUCAGAGAAGGACGCUGCAAUGACCAAAAGUUCAACUUUCACACUACACAGACUGAUGCAGGGAUACCGUAAAGCAGGUAACCAGGAAACAUGGCAGCGUGUGAAAACUUUCUGUGACGUACCUCGUUAUCACGACAACAUUUCCGACAUUUCGUCAACGAUGGGCCGACCGUUAUUAAUUCUACGUCGGCAACAAUUGAUGACACUGGUUUUCCUUCUGUCGUUUACGACGCUGGCAACAUGUGCUUCGGUCGACGCCACACGAGAUGUUUCACAAGGCAAAUACAAGUUCGAAAAGACUGACAAUAUCUUUAACAAUAGCCAUAACAAUGUUACCAAAGACACUUCUUUGUACAGAUAUCCCACUCGAAGGCUCAACGGAACAUCCUCCGAAAAUACAGAACAGAUACAUAACUUAUCUCUAGAAAUUAAUUCAAAUUGGAAUUCCAGUUUAUCGAGUGGAUUGACGCUUCUAAAGGUUGUUUCUUCAGUAAACCAAGACUGUUGGAAUAAAAGUGACGCGCUGAAGUGCAUUAGGGCCAAAAUGAUUGAACUUGCGGGAAGAAUUCUAUAUUCAACAGAUUCGUAUGUCCGAAGCAGUGAAGUCCAAGACUAUAACAUUUCGGAUAUUGCAGAAGGGAAAGUUACAUUGCUUCAUGAAAUUAUUAUGAAGCAAUUAAGAAAUCAUAUGUUGGCAGAGAAUUUGGGAGAACUCGGGAAUGAAGUGGAAGACACUGCUAGAGCUGCCCUGUCUUGGUUUACACCUGAGGGAUCAGGAAAGAGCUCCUUCCUGACUGGUUUUGGACUCGGAUUUCUCGCCUUCGGGCUGAAGAAACUUCUGUUACCGUUAUUCAUCGGGGCGCAGAUUGUGAAGUCUGUUUUGAUAGCCAUGUUUUUACCCAGCAUCCUUGGCGGGCUGGGAAAACUGGUGGGUAAAGGCGUUUCUACCUUCGCUUCGGCAUCAGGAUCCUCAGGACCUUCGAACAACAAUGUGGACGAUUUUGAAUUCAAAGAUAAUAUGGCGUUCGACACCGGAGAUUCGGCAACGGCAGCCUCUAAAUACUCCUCAGCAUUUGUCUAUCCAGAAACAUCUAGCGGUUUGGCGUUCGAGAACGGACUGUCAGCAGGCACACUACCUGCUGCGGCGUUAUACGUGCCUGGUUCAGCUACAGGGACCGGCUCCUUCAAUAGGUUUCAACAACAAGCGACGGGCAACUCCAAAGUUAGCUAUGCAUCGCUACCUACCGGUGCUCACCAUCACUACGGGAGUUACUACACGCGACAUCAGCAACCGAGCAAGAAGCAGGACUACAAGGUGUUCCACAACAUCCCUUCAUCAUCUCUUCUACUCACGAAUUACGACCCGUUCUACAGUCCUCUGCUAUCUCGGCUCGACAGCGUGUUCAAGCAACUGGGAUAUGAAACAGAGACAUGCAGAGAGCGCCUUGUUUGUGCCAUGUACAAGAAUCCGGCAAAGUUUGCACCUUACAGCAAUCUUGUGUCUGCACAGCUCAGCAGGGAGCUGAAUGAGUUGAGGAAACCAUCAACAGACAACCCAGAGAUUCUACGCUUCUUCCGGUACAUGAAGGCAGCCAAGGAUGGCCAAGAUGGUGCGGAUUGUAUCCAGAUGCACCCUGGCUGCUCAUCUUCCAGUGCUCAGAGCACGGUUCACCCUCCAAUGGUCAAGACUUACCACGAUAUAAAUAAACUGGUGCAAGCAAGAGGAUUUGGAAAAUCUAUUGGAUUUCUUGGAACCAGUGAAAGUUCUACAGAGCGUUAAUUGUCACAGACUUAAGUGCUAAUAUGGAUGGUCCUGUGCUGCUGGAACAGGAAAGUUUCUUCAUUUAUGAAGAUGAAUUCUGAUGAAGAGUAUUGGCUACAAUGGUUAUCUAGUGAUGAUUACAGAGAAAUAUCCUAUUGAUAAGCUCAGGGUUCAGAAAUGGAUUAAGAUAAACGAAGAAAAUCAACAACAUCAAAUGGAUUUUGGAAUCAUUAUCCUUUACUUCCAUUGUUAUUAAUAUGUCACUUUGUCUAGUUUUUGAAAUAGCAGUGGUAACUAUAUUUGCCACCUCCUUCAACAUUAAUUAAUCUGGAAGUUCAUUCCGAUGUUUCUCAUUUCAUUCUUAAAACAAGCAAAAUAUAAUUUCCUAAUUAUAACAAUAUGUUUUCUUGGAGAUGUGAAAUAAAUUCUUUUACUUUAUCUUCACUUCAUAUAUACUAUCAAGCCUAUUCUGGCUUCAUAUAUUCAUUUCUUCUUCUUCAAGGUCUUCCUUGGUUUUAGCAUCCUUAUAAUUUAUGUUGUAGGAUCUGUUCAUCAAUCAUUCUAUCCAGGCAGUUUAUCCGGUUUCAUAUGUACUCAUCUCUUUCCUAAUAUCUGCAGUCUUAAAAUGGUGCAGUGUAGUCCAGCCUUUAACUGUUCUUAAAUACCUCAUCUCCACUGAUUUCACUCUGUUCUUGCUUUCAUUGUCCAAGAUUAACUUCCAUAUGGCAAAGAUGUUACUGCUACUGCUUUAUCAAAUUUCAACUGUGUUUCUUAUCAUGUUUUAGUCUUUAAGGUUAUUCUUAAGGUACCACAUAUUGUGUCAUACAUAUUGAGACUGUUACUUUAGUCUUUAUCUAAUGUACAUGUUAUAUUACUUCAUACUCUCGAAUUUCUAAAUGAUAUUUAAAUGACCAGUAAUAAACCAGUCAAUUAACUCAUUAACUGUUUGGACUGGACAGAGUGAAAAGUUCUUUCAUAUGUAUACCUGAAUCAAACUAGAUUUUUAAAGAGACCUCCUGAUUUAAUGUAUUCAUCACCUGGUCCGGCAUGUGUAUUUGUUUGCAGUAUAUGGAUCUGAACACUGCUAGGCCUUGUGCACAUGGCUGUGUUUUCUUCAUCACUAUGCUUAUAGUUGCCAGCCCUGCUAUUACCAGCUGUCUUUUCCCAUUCCAAGGAUUUUCAUUUGUCAUAGUUUAUGUCCAUAUAAACUCUUUGUUUUCUUGAAACAAUGAUUCAGUUAAUGACUAGCCUAUAUGCUGGAUGACUGAGGAAUCAGGGUUACAUUUCCAGUAGGAACAGAGAAGUUUAUCUUUUCCACAUUGUGCAGACAGUGUGUGGGGCCCACACAGUCCCCUCUCCAGUGGACACUAGGAAGUGCAGGGGCAUGAAGCUAAGUACUCACCUCUUAAUAGCCUGGCCUUUUGUCUGUCUCUCUCAUCUGAGAGGUUUCCUAAUUAAUACUUGUAAUAGGACUACUUUGAUGGAAUCUGAGACAAAGGUUUAUGCUUUGCGUGUUCCCCACCUCAGCAAAUAGACUCUUUCAAAAUUUCUGGAGCAGACAGAGGACAGAUAAGUAAAUAAAAGGGCACUGUUACACUAUAAAUUGAUGUAUUAUUAGUUUAUGUAACAAUGCUUUUUCAACUGCAAAAUUUGUAUAACUCUGGAACGAUGAGAAUAGGACUAUGAAUGAUGAGCAGGAGAAAGUCAUGAGAACAAGUAAACCUUCCUCUUUUCUUAUUUCUCCUUCUUUUGUCCCUGUCCUCCCAUGUUCUUCUUCAGUUCCUCUUUCUCUGUUGUCUUAAAUAUUCUAACCAAAUAACUUCUUUCAGAGUCUGAAAGGGAUGGACACAUAAAUAGAAAGUUGUUAAGACCAAAUUCAUGUAUGAUAAAUAGUAGCUAGAUAUCUGUAGAGUUCUUCUAUUUAAAUGUUAUUUAUUAAAAUUGUAUUUAUUGUAUUAAUUUAUUGCAUAAUUUAUAAAUAUAAAUAAAAUGAAAUAAAAUAAUCAUGAGACCAUGGUUCCAAGCUGUUCCCAGUCAUUAAAAAUUAAAUAAACUGUUACAUAAAUAUAUCAGUGACAUCUCAGUGGUGGUCUCUCUUUUGUGAAGAGUUUGUGAGUGUCAUUAUGUCAAUAGACUAUGAGCAGUAUAACCACAUAACUGUCUGAUCCAAUGGCUGCAUGAAAUUGCACAAUUUGGAUAGAUUGCAUGUUGGUGUUAAAGACAUGAUUCUCCUUGAAAUUAUGGUUGUGAUCACACUUGUAGCCUUUUUUAAGAGAAAAUAUAACAAAUAUUUUCCUUAUAAAUAUUUAUAAACUAAUAAUUGUACAUAGCUGUUUUUAU